AUGUCUGUGUCUGGAAUCAUUUCUUCCUUCCAUUGCAGCAAAUCCCAAGAUCUAAACAAGCCAGCCGAGGAGAACAAAUCCCAAGAUCUAAACCAGCAAGCGGAGGACAACAAAACUCAAAAUCUAAGUGAACACACCGAGGACAACAAAUCCCAAGAUAUAAUUGAGCAUGGGGAAGAUGACAUCAAAUCCCUGAAUGACCGGAGCGAAGGUGGCAGCAAAUCCCCAAACCCAAAUGAUCUGAGUGAAAACGACAGCAAGUCCCAAGACCCAAAUGAUCAGAGCGAAGGCAAACCCCAAGACCUUACUGAGCUGUCCGAAGACAGUAAAUCUCAAGAUCGGAAGGAUCAGAGUGAUGAGGAGCUGGUGACACCAUCCGGGACAUCGGAGCUGCAGUCCCAAGAUGGGAAGGAGAAUUCUCAGAAUCGCAGCUCUCUGUCCUGGGGAAAGACUGCGACAGAUGUGAAGGAUGAUCUUUCCAGCUCUCUUACUACGGAGCCGAGCACAGCUGCUCACCGCUCCUCGCGCGGCUUUGACAGCAAACUCAAAAUCUUAAAGCAGGGAGAUUGGGACGAGCUGCAGAGUUCGCAGGAAGAAGAGCUUCCUUUCUCCUUAUGGAAGACUGAUGAUGAAUGGAGGGAUCACAUACCUACCCAGCACGCUGCAGAAUGCAAGCUUUCCUACCACACCCACUGCUGCUUCAGCGCAACUGAGCAGAUGAUCAGGCACAGCCCCGUGUUCCCUACAAAAGGACCGUGUUACCAAGGCUUCUUUCUGAAAAAGCGGCGUGCAAAGUUCAAAAGAUGUCUCCUCCUCAGCCGAGAGGAUGCAAAAGGCUGGCAGGAAGGAGGUGAAAGAGAGCAAGAUUUUCAGCAAAACUCUGCCACCAAGGACCACUUCACCCAGUUUAAG